AUGUUCUCACCUGGCAUCAAUCCAUCGUUGUCUACUUUUUCCUCCAUGAUCAACCCAGUGAACACACCAUUCGACGAACCACCUAUGCGCAGAGCUCCAAGAUCUAUUCCGGUUAUCCCCCUUCCACCCACCGGAUACUCUACGAGCCCGCAACCUGACAAAGACUCUUCCGGCGAAGAUUCUGACGAGCUCGACAUUCGCAAUGUUUCGGCCUUUGAUGAGUGGGAUGGCGAUACUACUGUUGCUACUGGUGACCAGGAAUAUCACUAUGACCAGAGAAAUAUGGAUGAUAUUCAUCGUGUCUUGUCGUUUGACGAAGUAGUCUACAAUGAUGAUGGUCGUGAUGACCAAUGCCAAGAUGAACUUAUGUGGUCGAUAAGCUUGAGCAGUCGCUGUCACAAGUCGCUCCAAGCCUUGUUCCUCCCUUCGUCGAACUCCAGGGAAGAACAAAGCUUGUCUUCCACACAAGUCACACAAGUUAUAUCUAAUAAGAAGAAAGCGGCAGUGCUUCCAAACAUCCGGAAGCUGACGCUUUCCCCUGCUUCUGACACAAUCACUGGCGGGACUGUCGAUUGUUCGAUGUACAGCAAGAAUAGCGAAGCGAGCAGUGACAGCAACAGUAGUAGUAGUUGGAACUCUUUGUGGUGUUGUGGAAUAUCUCAGAGUUACUCUGAUGGCUCCCUUGAAUGCAUUCAGCGUCGCUUGUUCACAUCAUCCAAUCCUGCUCCGCCAAUCCCCGAUGUUGUCAUGAUGAUGAAGCACGAUGUUCGCCCCUCUGCUGAGCAUUUACUGCAGCAAUUAGAAGCUGAUGAGGACAAAUCUACUUCCAUUACCGUAUUUGAAGAUGAUGAUAGCUUUUGGACGAUGUAA